UUCACUGACAACAAGAAAACAGUUCUUCUUCUAACAUCACAAAACCCACACAUAAUCGAAAACGUAGGAUCUUUCGUCUUCCACUGUCUCCGAAAAAAAAGUCGAAUCCGGUAACCCAGAAUCUAGAGUUAGCUUUAAGACUAGAGUAGACAUUUGCUAUAUUGUUUUUUUUUUUUUUUUCACAGUUUGAAACUCUCAUGUUAUCUGCAAUUAGCCCACGGGCAAGAAUUUGUAAUAAACUUAUUAUCAUUAACACUGACCGAUUUAUCUGCUUGGAGCUUAGAGAUGACGCAUAUCUAGGUCAGUAGGAGGACACGUUGUAUAUACAAACAGAGAGGCUGAUAACAUUCCCCUUCACUCAGCAGAAGUGCACAAACAGCUCGGUGUGAAACUAUUGUCCCUCUAGUCCCUGAUAUACUGGGUAAAGUUUCAGUAUUGCGGAAAGAUGGCGAAGACCUUUGUCGUACUAUUGUCCACGCUUGUGGCGGUUCUGUCUCAGAGCGAAGUGGCUGCCACAGCGACUACGUCGUUAGAGGAAGAACUCCACGACUUGGACAACUUCGUACAGACCGUCCUGGCCUGCAGGUCCGACUCGGUACCCGGGUUAACCAUCGCCGUCGUCAGGAACAGGGACGUCGUCUUCGCCAAGGGGUACGGCAGGCGGGACUCGAACCGGGGACUCCCGGUGAACAACCGGACACUUUUCGGCAUCGCGUCCCUCACCAAAUCCUUCACAGCCGCCCUUCUGGCCGACAUCCUCGCGGAGAGGGAUGACGUCACAUGGGACACACCGCUGGUCGACAUCUUGGGAGAGGAGUUCCGAUUUCAAGACGAGUUUCGCACGAAGGAGGCGACUCUUCGCGACCUUCUUGCUCACAAGAUGGGGCUGCAGAAGUUUCCGGACAGCAUUUUGCAGUUUGGGUCAAACGUCGGCAGAGCGGAGCUGGCAAGAAGAGUCAGGUACUUUGCCGAAGUCCAUCCUUUCCGGACAGAGUUCUACUACAGCAACCUGAUGUACGAUCUGGCAGGGCACGUCGCCGAAAGGCUUGCCGGGAAGCCGUACGAGCAGCUGUUACGGGAAGGGAUCUUCCUCCCCCUGGGGAUGAACGACACCACGUUCCUGCCAGACGCGCUCGAAGAGGAAAACUUCUCCAACUUCGCGGAAAGCUAUGUGAUGUAUGACAAGAACGGACGCUCUCUGGCCUUAAACAGGGACUUGUACAGACUUCUGAAGCUGAACAACCCUGCUGGUGGCGUGGCGUCCAACGCCGUGGACAUGGCGCGGUACCUGCAGUACCACCUGAGGGCCGCUAGGGGGCACGACAACGACACAAACAAGCUUCUCCAAGAAGCGUACAAGGUCCAGUUUGUGUCCAGUCCUAGGUCCGAAGAAAGGCUGAAGGAGAUCUUCCGGCCCCAGUUCCCGGUGGGAGUCAUGGAGAAAGGAGCAGGUCUAGGGCUGGUAGUGGGAGAAUACAGAGGCUACAAGAAGGUGACACAUGGCGGUAGGGUGUUCGGCUUUACGUCACUCAUGACGCUGUUUCCUGACCAAACAGGAGGCGUGUUCACCAGCGUGAACAGUCCCGUGAUCAACUGGGACAGAGACGUGCACAGGGUCCUGCACUACCGCGUAGCCGAUAUGCUGCUAGAUCUUGACCCGUGGCUGAACACCACCACCGCCUGUACCUACCCCCAACCCUGGAGCACCCGCCCUGCCUCCUCCCAACCCGUGCCUCCCGCAACCUCUCGCGACUUCCCGCGAGACAAGCGAGACUACGUGGGUUCCUAUGGCAACCGCGUCUUCGGCAACCUCACCAUUUACCUCAGCCCCACGGACGGCACCUUGAGAUUUAGAGCGGGUCUGAUUGGUCGCGGGGUGGUUCUUCCGCUGAACGCCACGAACAGAAUUCUCCUUAAAGGUCCCCCAGACAUGUUCGCGCCGGUUCAAGUGUCCUUGGAGGAGGAAGGAGGGACGAUCCGGCGCCUUGUGGUGCCCGGAGUUCCCCCCGAGCCACCGGUGGUGUUCGAGAGGGGCCUGAAGGUCCCGGAUGGGGACGGGACACAGCAGAAGGUCCCGGAUGGGGACGGGACACAGCAGAAGGGAGGGUGUACGUCAGGUGCUGUCUCUGGUGCUGAAACUGCGGUGCACGGAGCGUGGGGUGGCUAUCCACUGUUAACGGUGUUCCUGCUGGUGUUUGUCUUUAUUUGA